GUCCCAGACCAACUUUUCCUGACUCCUGCACACUCCAUCACUUAUUUCACUUAACUUGCAUUUUCCUACCCAAAGACUCUUUCCACACUUCACACAUAUGGCAGCUUUUUCAUACCAAUACCACCCUUUCCUUGUUGACCCAUCAUUCUUGCCCACUGCUUCUCCUCCUAUUACUGCUACUCAGUUUCCACUUCAUCAAGAAACAUCUUUUAAUGUCACAAACCAAGACACUAGCUGUGUUGACCAAAGUUCCAAGGUUUCCGUCAGUGACAAUGAGCCUUCUGUCACAAAAAAUAACCUCAGUCCUCAGUCCUCCAUGGGAGUGGAUAAGCUUGAAACUGGUGAACAAGUCACUCAAAAGGUCACUCCUAUGGACAAGAAAAGGAGAACCAGAACUGGGUCUUCCUUGAGUAACCCUCAAUCCAAGGAUACUGCAGUAGAAGGGAAAAACAAGAAACCAAGGAAGAGCAAUGGAGAGGUGAAAGAAGAGGAGAAGCGAAAAGGUGAGAAGAAGGAUCAGAGAAAGUGUCCAGAGGAGCCUCCAACAGGCUAUAUCCACGUAAGAGCAAGGAGGGGUCAGGCAACGGAUAGCCACAGCCUUGCUGAAAGGGUGAGAAGAGAGAAAAUCAGUGAAAGGAUGAAGGUGUUGCAACGGCUUGUGCCAGGCUGUGAUAAGGUGACUGGGAAGGCCCUUAUGUUGGAUGAAAUAAUCAACUAUGUUCAGUCUUUACAAAAUCAAGUGGAGUUCUUGUCAAUGAAGCUUGCUUCCGUGAAUCCCAUGUUUUAUGACAUGACAACGGACCUAGACGUUCUCUUGGUUAGACCAGAGAAACUAAAUAGCAUUGCAUCACCAUCACCAUCACCGUCACCACUACCAUCUGUGUCACAUUGCAACAGCCCCAACCAAGGCACAACUUUUGCUGACACAACCACCAUGACCCCCACCAACAUCUUCCACACUGUUGCUAGUGACUACCUUUUGGACAAUUCAGCUUCGUUUUUUCUUCAAGGGCAGAGAUCAAAUGUCUUCUCUGAGGAUACCGGUAGUCAUUUCUGGGACGUAGAGGACCAGCGACAAAAGUUUCUUCAUCCAUAUGGAUUCAGCAACAACUUAUGUUCUUUUCAUUAAAUAUAUAAUUCACAGAACUACCCUACAAAACUACGAACAUUUUGAUUUAGCUUUUACAUUAGGUAAGGAAAUUCCAAAGAAGCACGAGAAUGAGCCAAAAAGGAGUUAAGCACCAAAGCUACGCUUGGUAUCAGUAUAAGUACAUGAUUUCAGUUGAAGGGAGGGUAAUUCGUGGCGUAAAGACUCUGGCUUGGUUCCCUAGUCCAUCAUAUUAAAGUGACCUUUGAAGAUGAAUAAAGGCACCAAAAUUAAUGGAGGAAGAACCAAAAGGACAGAAAAUGCCGACCAAAUAAGACCAUAUCUUUUCUAGAUCCAUUGUUCUGUUCCAGUGAUUUUUGUGGACUUAUGAUGCACAAAUUCCGAGAGACUAUCAAUAGAGUAGACAUUGAAAUUUAUGUCAUGUAAAUUAUCCAAGUAUUGAUUCUUGUGGUGGCAGUUAUUCUCUUGGUACAGUUAAUUUCACCAUUAUUGAGAAAUGAGGGGUUGAUGCUACUGAUCAUGUUCUUGACAUGACUGGCCAUGCAUUUGUUUGUUGGUCUAGUUAGCUUUUAUGUAUAUGUAUCUGCAGAAUCUUCAGAGUUUUGGCAUCAUUAUGGUUGUUAUUUUUAUUAUUGUUAUUUAUUAUUUAUGGGUCCAGCCAUUUCGACAUUUUCACAAUAGCGUUAAUAAGAUCAUGGUCGAUCUCCACUGGAAAAAAUCAAACAAAUUGUCAAGAGUUUAGAAUACAAUAAUCGUUAAUUUUCAUAUAAUUUAUAAAUUCUGUAAAAGGAUUAACAUAUUAUUAUUUAAUUUUUUUUCUCUC